AUGGUUGAACUAGGUCUAAAUAACAGCUACUUCAUGUUUAGAGACAAGUACUAUCAACAGACUUUUGGGACUGCCAUGGGAAGUCCACUGUCACCUAUUCUAGCCGACUACGUUAUGGAGGACCUGCUAGAUACGGUGAUCACAAAACUGAACUUCACAAUUCCGGUGUUGAAGAAAUACGUAGACGAUUUAUUCCUCGUUCUACCAAAACCACUAGUAGAACAUACUUUGAAUAUCUUCAACCAAUUCAACCAACACCUACAGUUCACGAUGGAAAUCGAAUCCGCAAAGAAGAUCACACCCUCCGAACUGUUUGAACAACAGAAGCAUGUGAUUUUCCAAAACCUACGACGCAACGACUACCCAUCCGCACUAAUCAACAGACUGAUGAACAGAAUCAAAACAGAACUCAUCACAGGACAACAACAUCAUGGUCACUGCCAACAUCAUCACCACCACUGCCAGCGCCAACACCAACUGAACCUCAAGACCAACCGCCACCACUGCAAGUACCACCACCAGCCACAGCACCGUCAUCGACAAUCCAAACAACAACACCGCCGAUCCACCCGAUCC